AUUUUGAGAGCUACUUCCGGCUUUCAGCCCAUUCUCCCGUCUGGUUCACACGGUCCUGUUAUUGUACACGUUGAUUGCUAUUCUUUUGCCUUUUUCGCUGCUGGCUUUUCAUUAUAACAGAAGAACCAUGGCCUAUUCCGUCUUAAUUUUGUUUGGAACAGUAAGUAUCCUUUCGGUAGCUUCCAGCUUCAGCGAAUACGCCCCACCUCCUACAAUCGUAAACACAACUUCUGGUCCUGUACGCGGGGAAGCUAUUGUCUUGAACACGAACAAGACCCUCGUACAAUAUCUUGGAAUACCGUUUGCAAAAGCAGGAAGAUUCGAGGCUCCCCAAUCGCCGACCCCGUGGAAAGAUACAAAGAACACAACUUCUUUCGGGCAGGCAUGUCCUCAAAACCCUUCCUCGAUCGUAAACUCGACAGAGAAAGAUACAGCAGAAGACUGUCUGAAUUUAAAUGUCUUUAUCCCGCGAGACAAAGAGACAGAGAAGGGUCUUAAAUUAUCCGUCAUGGUGUGGAUCUACGGAGGUGGAUUUUCCGUAGGAAGUGCUGCAUACCAUGUCUACAAUGGUCAAUACCUCGCUACCGAAGGACAAGUGAUAGUCGUUACAUUCAAUUACCGUCUCGGUGUACUAGGGUUUUUGUCCACUGGAUCAGAGGAGAUCCCCGGUAACUUUGGGCUUUUAGAUCAAGUGAAAGCCUUGCAGUGGGUUCAGCAAAACAUUGAAAGGUUUGGAGGAAAUCCAAAGAAUGUAACAAUCUUUGGUCAUUCUGCAGGAGCAGCAAGUGUUGCCUUACACAUGUUAUCACCCCUCAGCUAUGGGCUCUACCACAAAGUUAUUAUUCAAAGUGGAAGUGCAGCAGCCACAUUUGGGGCAAAUGAAAAAAAGACAGCCAAAGAGUUAGCCAGUGCUCUUGCAGCCUAUGUUGGAUGCAGCAUGUCAGAACUAAGGAAAUGCUUGUUGAAAAAGAAAGUAACAGAAAUCCUGAAAGCUCAGAGGAACAUCACUGGGGAUCUUUUAUCAGAUAAACCUUUGCUGUUGCCAGUUGUUGAUAACCACUUUCUACAUGAUCUUCCAUAUAACCUCCUUGUCAAUGGAAAGUUAAACCAAACUGUACCAGCAAUGAUAGGUGUUACUCGUAAUGAAGGCGGGUUUUUUGUCCUUCCAGUAAAAGGUGUAACGCCUGGAAUACCCAAUAUAGAUAAAGGUAUCAACCAAACCGCAUUUGAUAACCUUGUGAGGUAUGGUCAGCAUUGGACCUACAACCAAACCCAAAAAGUGGUGGAGUCCGUGAUUUUUCAGUAUACAGACUGGGUCAACCAAACAGACCCUCUUGUAAGGUUUCGUCAAAAAUACAUGGAUGUGAUAACUGAUUCAUUGUUUAAGGCUCCUGCUGUCCGUUCAGCUCAUAUCUUUGUCAAGAACAAACUCAAAGAUACUUUCUUUUACUGCUUUGAUCAUGUCAAAUCUAAGUUUCCAACAUGGGCUGGAGUUUUUCAUGGAAGUGACCUAAUUUACGUGUUUGGACAUCCCUUUGCAAAGUAUAACAAGAGUGUCAGUGAACCUAAUCAAACAGCAGAGAUAAUUUUCUCGAAGAAAGUCAUCACCUUUUGGAGUAACUUUGCCAAGGCAGGCAAACCAGCACCAGAUGACAAAUGGCCAGUAUACACUCUUGAGAAAGAGCAGUAUAUCUCUUUGAGUCCGGCCUCUUCCAUCCAGGCCAAAAUGCUUCCAGAAAAGAUGGCAUUCUGGAAUUUACUGGUUCCUUCUUUAACAGAACCACAACCAACAUUGGCUCCUUUAACUCCAACGAGCCCUGUGACGUCACGUCCACCUGGACAGGCAGCUGCAGUAGCUGAUAAAAAAACCGAGUAUGCCCUGAUUGGUGUGGUGGUUGUCCUUGGUGUACUUCUCUUAGUCCUUCUUGUGGUUGUUUGGCGUUAUAGGCGUAAACUAGGAGAUGCUAUCUCCGAACCUGGUCCAACUACCAGGCUAAUAUAGUUUCAACCUUAGCGGACAUAGUCCCAACCUUGGCUAAAAUCUGAGUAACAUUUUGGCACUUACUCUUGUCUUAAGUUUUAAUAGGGGUUGUGUUUCUCUCCCUCAGUUUACUGUUUUAAGCGAUUUUAGUUCCAAGUCUAAACAAUAUUGUGACUGCAUUGGCCAGUAUUAGUCUAAUAUGGUUCAAAUAAAUGACAGCACGCCUGAGGUUCAGUACUUUAUAUAAA